AACAGAGGAGGAGGAGGAGGAGGAGGAAGAGGGAAGGAGGAGGAGGAAUCAGAGCGAGAGAAACAGUGUAGCUGCAGUCGGGAGAGACACAAACACUGAGAGAGAGAGAGGAGACGAUACAGAGACAAGAGAAGGUUUCCUCCCCACCUUACCUCACUGCCCCAUGAAAGAAGCCAUGCCGGUCCUCACAGCAGGAGCGGGGCUCCAUGAAACACUGGCCCUGCUGACCUCUCAGCUACGGCCCGAUGCCAAUCACAAAGAGGACAUGGUCUUCCUGAAGGACGUCUUCAGCGAGCGGAGUUUGGGAUGUCUCAUGAAGAUCCACGAGAAGUUGAGACAGUAUGAGAGACAGAGUCCAACACCUGUCCUCUACAGCGCCUCUUCUCUGGCAGAGGAUGUGGCAGAGGAGCUUCACAGCGGACCAAUGAGCACCGAGGAGAAGGAGCUGCUGCACCUGCUGACUUCCCCACAUCUCAAGGCUGUUCUCUCGGUGCACGACACUGUGCGCAGAAGAACUUUGAACCCCGUGCUGCCGCCGCUGCCCGGACUUGAGGACGAGCUGGAGGAAGAGUCGGUAAAGAUUGUUCGGCUGGUGAAGAACAAGGAGCCUCUGGGAGCCACCAUCAGGCGGGACGAAGCCACCGGGGUGGUGAUAGUUGCUAGAAUCAUGAGAGGAGGUGCAGCUGACCGAAGCGGUUUGGUCCAUGUAGGAGAUGAACUCAGGGAGGUCAAUGGAGUCUCUGUGAUCCACAAGAGGCCGGAUGAGAUCAGUCAGCUGCUGUCCCAAUCUCAAGGCUCGAUCACUCUAAAGAUAAUCCCUGCCAUUAAAGAAGAAGACCGACUCAAGGACAGCAAGGUGUACAUGAGAGCCUUGUUUGACUACGUCCCGCUGGAAGACAAAGCGACGCCUUGCCAAGAAGCGGGACUUCCCUUCAAGCGGGGGGACAUCCUGCAGGUCGUGACCCAAGACGACCACACGUGGUGGCAGGCCAAGCGCGUGGGAGACAGCAACCUGCGGGCCGGACUCGUCCCUUCCAAACUGUUCCAGGAAAGGCGACUGGCCUACAGGGUGAAAAUGGGCACACUUCCGAAUCCAAAAUCCCCUAAAAAUCCCGUCUAUGACCAAGGAUGUGAUAAAGAGGACUGUGACUGUGAGGGCUAUUUCAAUGGACAGUACAUAGCCGGUCUGCGGAGGAGUUUCCGGCUGAGUCGCAAGGACAGGCAGGGAUCCUCCGGAGAGGGUUCUGAUCCUGGGGACUCCGACUACCUGACCUAUGAAGAGGUGACCCGCUACCAGCAGAGGCCCAAUGAAAGGCCCCGUCUGGUAGUUCUGAUUGGAUCUCUUGGAGCACGAAUCAACGAACUCAAACAGCGGGUGAUUGCGGAAAACCCACAUCGCUUCGCAGUGGCGGUUCCCCAUACCACCAGGCCCAAGAAGCCUCACGAGAAGGAGGGCGUGGAGUACCAUUUUGUUACCAAACAGCAAUUCGACGCAGACGCUUUAAACAACAAGUUCAUAGAGCACGGGGAAUACAAGGAGAACCAGUAUGGCACAAGUAUAGAGGCCAUCCGCUCUGUCCAGGCCAAGAAUAAGAUGUGUGUAGUGGAUGUGCAACCCGAGGCCCUGAGGAGGCUUCGGACAGCCGAGUUCAAGCCCUACGUGAUAUUUGUCAAACCUCGUGUUCCUGAGAGCAGACGUCGUCGCAGCGCUGCGACUUCACCGGGAGGAGGAGAGCAUGGCCGAAUUACAGACGAAGAUCUCCAAGAGAUGCGUCAGUCGGCGGCUCAGAUCGAUCAGCAGUACGGACACCUGGUGGACCGGAUCCUGGUCAAGGAGGACUCGGCCAGCGCCUGUGCAGAACUCCGAGGUAUCCUGGAAAGGCUGGAGCGGGAAUCCUUCUGGGUACCUCUCAGCUGGGUGCGGACCUAAAUAUCCCCCCCAGCAUCUUCCAGACGAACUUGACCCCGACGAACCAAAAUUCUCCACUGCUACGCCCUCCCCGCCAACUCCCCCAACUCCCCCAAGAGCUGGUCAGACAGCAAGGAACUAAAGCACUGAUGGGAGAGGAGGGUGUCUGCAACCAAUAAAUCCAUCUGGACACUUCAUGUCAUAUUAUUCAGGUUUGGUUUUAUGACUUAUUUGACAGAUGCAAGUUCAUAGAUAAAGACCAAUUUUAUUUUCUCAGGCUUUUUCACGCUGCAUAGUUCAUGAGAUGGGUGAUCCCGCCCACAGGAUUGCUGACAGGCAGCUUUAUUAUGACUCUUGGAGUACAUUUAGUACCAUGUUUGCUGUUUACUGUUUUUUACUUUUUACUGUUUUUUGUCCAACUGACAUCCAAUCUCCCAGUGCUUCCUGUUGAUUUAUACCGCUCAUGCAUCCUGUACAAUUUUACAACCAAUCAUAUAUUCAGCUAAACAAGAGAAAUUGAUAUAUCAAGUUAAGUGAAUGAAACUGUUCUAUUUGCAAAAUCAAAUUGCUACAUACGGACAGAAACUAAACAAUAUUCAAAUGGAAUGUGAGAAUUUUAUUUUCUACAAAACCGUUUUUAUAAAAUGCAUGGAAACGCAUCACUCAUUCUCAUUUGUAAAUAUUGUAAAUGUUAACUCCUCAUGUGCCAACGAAUUCUCGUAGCACCUCGAUGCAACCUGUUUACCUUUUGAUCCCCGGGAACCCACAUCUGUCCGUAUGGGUGCACAAAAUAUCUGUGGAUGGAUGUCACAGUCUAUAUUCAAUUACAACAACCUGAAAUGCUCCUUUAUGUACAGGAAUUGGUUACGUACAGUUUCCUUCCACACGUCUGUAUUUUUGACUACAGGGUUUUUGCUUUAUUGUUAGAGACGAAGCAGAGGUUGAGAAAGUUGAGAAAAUACGUCUCAAAAUAAUCAGCUAGUAUUUUCUUAAUUUAAUACAUUUUUAAUUUAUUAUCAAUGAAAAAUGAAUAAGAUUUCCUGGUUAGGCUUUCCAAUCAAAGACUACGUGUCUUUUUCAUUUUUCACACACAGGAGAAAUGAUCACAGAGAUCAAUAUUGGUCUUUGUAUAACAUGAAAAUAGUUUUGAAGUUUUGAUUAACUAUAGUUACUUAUAUUAUUAUUUUUUGUUGUGUGGUUAAAAUUAAUCAGCGUUCAAAUCAGUUUUAAACAUGCAUUUUAAAUACGGAUCACUUCAUGUCCCUGAAUGUUGAGUUUGUAAUGUGACCUGUGGAAAGUGCCAUAAUAAAAGCUAGCUGAGUCUAA